AUGUUGGACUUAUUCUCCAAAGAUCAAAUCGUCAACGAGGCAGGACUUAGAGCCGCCUUACAUCAUCUGGACGCAAUCUCAACUUCAGGUGCAACUGGAUUACAAGCCACGAUCAAAAACUUACUCUCAUCACCCCACGUUUUUGCCUAUAUCAUUUCUGUUUGGGAUCGCUCCGAGAGAAUGAUCUCGCAGAUCUUGACAGACUUUCCUACGAAAUCUCAAGAAUAUCCUUCAUCCCUUGCGAGCAAGAUUCUGGACAAUCUGUCUAUAUGUUUCUUAGCUUUGCCAGUUGAGUCUCUGGAGACGGAAGUCUUGAGGGACAUCAGCCGCCACAGAGGCUUCAUCGAGGGCACUUUACCCUUACUUCGUGCCUUGAGCACCAUGAAAUUUUCCAGUGCCAAUUCCUUUGAAGACGAGAGCGAUCUCUUCGACAUCGAACCUGAUGAAGGAUUCGUCAAAAUGAAAGUGCAUCAAAAAAUGCGCAAGCGACAUCGCCAGAAACCUCAGCAUGCGGGUAUCAACACAUCACUGUUCGCCAGGCUCGAUGUGGCUGUGCCUACCACGAGUGACGCGGCCACAGCAUUAUCCACUCACAUUCUUGCAGAGCUGAAGCAAGUGCUCUCGUUAUACCUCUCGCUUCUGCGGUGGACGGAAUUAGCGGACGACAUCAAAGCUUUACUCUUCCCAAAUGUAGAAGAGUCUGCCAAAGAUCUGUACCCGAUGGUGCAGCCCAUGAAGGCUGCUCUUUACUUCGACAACGCGGAUGGGUUCGGAGAGUGGCGGAUCCUUGUAUCUACCGAGGCUUAUAACAAUCUGCGUGAAUGCCGUCGAGCGGACCGGGAAAUAUUCAAGAACAUUUUCAAGACGAUCAGACAUCUCUCGCGCGGUCACUUCUCGAGCGACAAUCAAAAGAGGCUCGAUGGAACGGAUGCAGGAAUUCUGGUCUUCGAAGCCAAGUUGACCAAGGAUCUACGGCUCGUGGUAGACUACCAGAUUGAUUGCAUCCCUGACCAGGAUGGAGAGUCUGAGAGACAAGUCAUCAAAGUGUACGGGAUCUAUAAACACUCUGAGCUUGGCAGAAUAUGGAAUGCCUUGGGCAACCAUCUAGCACGCAAGGGGGCUGAAUAUCGCAGACAAUGCAUCUUCCGCACCAAGGCAGCCAACAAUGUUAUUCUGCCAGCCUCAUUCCCGCCGGCGGAACCCGAGCCAGAAAUCCCAGCGAGUCCGUUGGAUCUCAGUGCUAAGGACAUGGACGAUGUUGAGUCUUCACGCCUUGCUGGUCCUAGAGAAAUACGUAACGUUCUCGCAGGCUUUUUUUGCAUAGUCUCAUCGCAAACGAAGACGUACACCACGCCUUCAUGCUCUCAAUGGAAGGUCGUCGAAUGCACCACGUCGUGCUAUGUCUUGGGUCGAAGCGGCACAGGAAAAACGACGACGAUGCUGUACAAGAUCCUUGGCAUUCAGCGAGCUUGGGAAUCGAGUGGCAUUGACAUGCCCAAGCCACAUCAGAUUUUUGUCACAAAAUCUAGAACGCUGGCGACAAAAGUAGGAGAAGACUUCACGAGGCUUCUAAAGUCCCUGACAUCGGCUGGCUCUACGCUGCAAGAACUUGCCAAACUCAAGGCACAAAGCAUUCUGAAUGAUCUUGUUGAUCAUGACGACGCUCCUGAGUCGCAGAUGAAUAUACCAAUGAGAUACAGUCAACUCGAGGACAAACAUUUCCCCCUAUUCGUGACUUUCGAUCAGCUAGCAAAGAUGAUUGCAGUGGAUGUCUUCGACAUGGACGAUCCUAAGACGAGACGUAGCGCUGAGCUGUUCUUCACCACCGACGAUGCAGAGACACAUGAUUCGCUUGUCACCUAUAAUGUAUUCAAAAAUCAAUAUUGGCCACAUUUUCCGCAGGGUCUCACCAAGAACCUCAGUAGUGCUGCUUCCUUUGCUAUUCAUGGUUGGGUUUCAGCGAGUUUCUGGGCAAGUACAAAUCUGUAUCCAAUAAAGCAGCUCCUGAACCCCCACAUAGGUAUCAUCAAAGGCUCAGAACAGGCAUUGAGCUGUCCGGACGGUGUUCUCGACCGUUCAAGCUAUAUCCGCAUUUCUCGUCGCUCUAAUCCGAUUUCUGCGAACCACAUGGACAGUGUCUAUGAUAUAUUCGAGAUUUACAAGAAGUUCAAGAAGUAUAAAUACCAUCUCGAUGUUGCGGAUCGUAUGCAUGCGAUCCUCAAGGUCUUAGGAGAUCAGCGGUUUCCUGGUCGACAAAUUGAUUACCUGUAUGUCGACGAGGUGCAAGACAAUCUGUUGAUCAAUGCGCUGGACAGACUUUUCUGGGCUGCGGAUACUGUGCAAGUGAUCUCUGCUGGAAGUUCCUUCAGGUUCGACAAUCUGAAAGUGUUUAUCUAUUGUGUGGAGCGGCAAAGUAUCUUGGUCAACUCCGCUAGAGCUCCUGUGCAUCAACCAACAAUGUUCCAAUUGGGCAUGAACUAUAGGUCACAUGGUGGCACUGUGAACUGUGCUCAUUCUGUCAUCGAGCUCAUCACGAAGUUCUGGCCAGAUUCAAUUGAUCACCUCCAACCUGAAAAGGGGAUGGUGGAUGGAGUGAAGCCAAUCUUUUUCACAGGCCCAGAUGAUGACACUCACUACAAACAGUUUUUAGUUGGGGAGAGAGACAAGCUUGGACCUAACCAAUGCAUACUUGUACGUAACGAUGCAGCAUGCCAGAAGUUACGAGAACAAGUAGGUGAUAUUGGAAUCAUUAUGACGCUCUAUGAAAGCAAAGGCCUUGAGUUCGACAAUGUUCUCUUGUAUGGCUUUUUCAAAGAUUCCAUCAUAGACGCGUCGCAGUGGCAGGUAAUUCUCAAUGGGGUGGAUAGUCAAGGUUAUACACCCAAUUUUUACUGCGACAAGACCCGAUAUGCUGGAAUAUGCAGUGAAUUGAAACACCUCUACGUGGGAAUCACCCAAGCAAGGAAGAACAUGCAGAUCUUUGACAGGUCUGAUAAGUCUGAUGCUAUGUGUAUUUUCUGGACGUCUCGAAAUCUUAUCCAGAACUGUGCCCACGACAGCGAUAUUCCUCCCCUAGUUGUCUCCUUCGAUCCAGAAGAAUGGGCAUCCUCUGGUCGCUCACUGUUCUUGCACAAGAUCUACUCGCAAGCUUUGCACUGCUUUCAGUGUGUGGGCUGUCUCUGCAAAGUGAAGGUUUGCAAAGCUUAUCUACUACGGGAAACAGUGCGUUCCAGCGUCGGAGUGGCCUUGCCCAAUGUCCAACAAAAAGCUUUUAUCAUGGCAGCAGAUGCCUUUGCUGACUGUGGCACAGCUGCGACAGGGAACGAGAAAUGUCAAUAUUACCACACCUCGGCGGCUUGCUAUGUUCGAGGAGGAGAGGACCUCAAAGCUGCUGAUAUCUAUCUUGCGGCUCAAGAGUUCGGUCUAGCCGUGAAGAGAUAUUGCAAGGCUGGAUCUUUCGACCGGAUGCUCCGUGUCCUUACUGACUACCGCACAAUAAUACCUGAGGAGACCACGACAGCCUUGUGGACUGCAUGCCGGCUUUAUUACUGCCGCAAAAGCAACAAUCAAGCCCCAUUGCCUCUAUUCUCCUCGUCUGACGAGGAGCUUGAGUUUUUGGAGGCGUAUGGCUUGGACUAUGCUCGUGUUUCCCUUCUCAAGUCUCACUCAAGGUACUACGAGGUCGCGGAGCUACACUUGUCAGAGAACCGUCCCAUGGAAGCAGCUCAAGCAUUCCUCGAGGACAACAGAAACGCUGAUUCAGCUGCUUGUGCAGCCGACGCUCUUCUGGAAUCCCUGCGGUGCAAAUACUUGUUUAGAAUUACCAGAGCUGCUGUUCCUGAUGACUCAGUGCAGCAUUCUAUCGCUCUCACCAAUCAGCUGCAGAUGUGUAAGGACACUAUAAUCCCUAAUCCGCUUAUCGUCCUUCCACCCCCAGCCAUAGCACCAUUUGCACCUUCUCAACCACCUAUCAUCAUGUCUAAUGCAUCUAAAGGCAUAAAUGUGAUGCCUGGCGCAAACUCCACCAGAGCGCUGUCUUUCAAUGGCAAAACUUCCGAACUCCUCGAGUUCUUCGAGCUAUUCAAAGACUUAGUGAUGGCGUGUGCACUUACAGAUGCAGAAAAGUGCAAGUUGAUCGUUCAUUAUGUCAACCUUCAGACGAAGCGAUUUUGGGUAACGCUUAUUGGAUAUGAAAGUAAAAAUUUCACUGCGUUUAAGGACAGUAUUUUAGCACAGUACUCUGGGGUGGCCAAGGGUCAGUGA